GGAGAGUUAGAAACAUCAAUGAUGAGAGAGAACCACUGAUCGACUGCCUACUGCAUACACCCUACGGGGGGAUGGAGCCCGUAACCCAGCCAUGUGCCCUUGUACAGAAUCAAACCCGGGACUCUGCAGGCGCCAGGCCAGUGCUCUAUCCACUGAGCCAAACUGGCUAGGGUGCCAGCUCUUUUCAGAGAACAGAAGAAAAUGCUCCAAGCUCAGAACAUCAUGCCAUUACACAGCAUGGAGUUGCUACAGGAACCCCUGACAUUUCACGAUGUGGCCGUGGACUUCACCUGGGAGGAGUGGCAGCUCCUGGACCCUGAGCAGAAGGACCUGUACAGGGACGUGAUGUUGGAGACCUACAGCCACCUGGUGUCCGUGGGUUGUGAGGCCAGCAAACCAGACGUACUUUCCAAGUUGGAUCACGGAGAAGCACCAUGGACAGUGGCAGGUGAACUCCUCUGUGGGACCCGUUCAGAAAUCUGUAAACAUGAUGAUAAUCUGCCAGAACACUUACAAAAUGAAAGCCUAGAACAAUGGCAUCAAUGUAACACAUGUGAAAAUACCGCCCAUGAGAGCACAAACCAUUCUCUGUUAGGACAAAAACGUAUGUUUGACUCACAUGGAAAAAAUAUGAAAUCAGAUUUUUCUUUACUUAACCGGAGGAGAAACUAUGAAAUCAAGACGCCCACUGAGUAUCCUAAAGCUGGACAAUCCUUUCUCCAUGCUAACGGUGAACAGUUUCAGGCUGAAAUAAAAUUUCAUGAAAGCCGAAAACUCCUCAACACUGAGUCCCAACUCGUCAAACCUCAGAAACCUCAGAAAAGAGAGAGGGCUCACGUAUGCAGUGACUGUGGGAAAGCCUUCAAGAAGAAGUCUUGCCUCGCUGAUCAUCAGGUCCUUCAUACAGGUGAGAAGCCACAUCAAUGCCGUGAGGGAGGGAAAGCUUUCUCCAGAAACUUCAUGCUCACUGAACAGCAGAGCAAGCACACAGGAGAGAAACCUUAUAAAUGCUCUGAAUGUGGCAAAGCAUUUCUCAAAAAAUCCUUACUCAGUAUACAUCAGAGAGCACACACAGGAGAGAAACCCUUCGUAUGCACGGAGUGUGGAAAAGGCUUCACCCGGAACGGCGACCUCGUUGUACACAGGCGAAUUCACACGGGGGAGAAACCCUGUAUAUGCAAGGAAUGUGGGAAAGGCUUCAUCCGGAUGAGCAAUCUCACUGUACACAGGCGAAUUCACACGGGGGAGAAGCCUUAUGUGUGCCACGAAUGUGGAAAAGGCUUCAUCCAGAAGGGCGAUCUCAUAGCACAUCAGAGAUUUCACACAGGAAAGACGCCCUUCGUGUGCAGUGAGUGUGGAAAAUUCUUCUCCCGGAAGUUAAGUCUCAUUAAACAUCAAAGAAUUCACACUGCAGAGAGACCCUAUACCUGCAACACGUGUGGGGAAGCUUUUGCCUACAUGUCUACCCUUGUGACACAUAAAAAAAUACACCCAAGAGCAACUCGUGGCGGCCCAGUCAAGGCGAUACUUCCUCGCUCAGAGAGUCCCAGGGCAUCACAGACCAGUGUUGUCCUGCAGGAGAUAAAUCUUGUUGAUACGGUGACUAUGCCGGGGCCUUCUGUGGUCCCUCCGACAGUAUUAAACAUGAGUGGGCCUCUAGCAAACAGGAAUGUAGUCACUGUGGGUGAGCCUGAGGCAGGAGGUACACAGGACAGAAACCUUCUGAAUGCAGUGAGUGUGGUCUCACCGUCAGUGACCAAUUACGUGUUACUUUAUGUCAUAGGAAACCCAUAGGUGUCAUCCUGUGUGCAA